AUGCUCCACGAGGUCCUGCUCGCCCUCAGCGGCCAUCCCUCGCCGCUGUUCCCUGCGACUGGACCGUCCGGCCGAUCCGGUGACGCCCUUGUAGACAAAGACUUUCCACUGUUGUCAUCAUCAGAAGCGGCUUUAUUGGCGACGGUUGGCAAGCUCGCCAGUCUGCAUCGUCAAAUUCGAGACCAUGCAAGUCGAAUUGUAUCGCAGCAUCCUUCGACCAUCUGUCGUGCUAUAGCUGCUUCAUUACUGCGAACCCAUCUUGCCCGCUUCCGAGAGAAGAUCCUUGAUGUUGAAAGGCAGAUUUUGACCAAGGACACUGCCAUAGUCGGUGCAUACAACAUCGUACCUCUCUCUGCAGUUGUUGGCGAAUUUGAUGAUUGGAGUCGCCGCAUGGAAUGGUAUUGGAAUCUUGCAUGUUUCAUUCAACCUCUAGAUUCACGAGACGCAACUAAACCUGACCAAGCGACUGGAGCUGGGGUUAUUGAUCAUCUGAGAUCAGAACUGCAAACAGGUUUUCCGGACAUCGAAACUGCAGCAACCGAGUUGAGUUGUGUUGCUGACAAGGCAUGGCUGAAACAGGUGUCUGUGUGGCUGCUGUACGGCUUGCUUCCUAGUCACGGUGCUGAAGACUUCUUCGUCACGGUGCAAGAAUCUUCCGAGGGACCUCCAUCGUACGUCCUGAGACGUGAAUUGCUCCCCAAAUUCGUUUCACGACAGACCGGAAGCUCUUUGCUGUUCGUCGGAAAAUCAUUACAUCAAGUCAAACAGCACACGCAAGCUUCAUCAGCAUCACAAAUUGCGCAUGGUAAUGAGGAUGCUGCUCUUCUGAAUGCACAUCUUCAGUCUCUUACAUCGCUAUCAUUUCCCCUAAUUCCUGCUGCAUUCUCUACCACCAUAUCCUCAAUACGCUCAUCCCUAUCACAAAAGGUAUUGCAGCGCCUGCUUCCACCAGAUGAUAUCAAGCUUGUGCUUAGCACCUUCCGUCAAAUUCUGCUCCUGGACCGAGGUGAAUUUGCAGUCUUCUUGAUAUCCGAAGCUCAAGAAAGACUUGAUGCCAGACGAGUUGAGCAUGGCCGAUACAUGCAAGAACCAUCAGGAAGAGAUCUUCGUGGUGUCAUGAUGAAAGAAGGCGAAGUCAACGAAUCGCUAUCACGGACAUGGAAGGCUUUGACAUCAUUACAAACUGAGGACCUUGAAGACGAUGUGCUAGAUUUUGCACGCGAGAACAUGCGACUGGAGAUUGACAAGGGACGAGCUGCUGCAAGACCAUCAACCUCAGAUGGUACAGCCUUGGAUGCGGCGAGCCUGUCCAGCACAUCUUUCAACGAUCUUCUAUUUCCUGUGCCGACUUCACUCACAAUGCAUAUUCGCUCACCAUUGGAUCUCUUCAUCUCACGCGCCGACAUGGACCGGUACGCAGCGCUCAACGCCUAUCUCCUGAGUCUCCGACGUGCACACAUGCGUCUGUCCAAUUUAUGGCGAGAAUCUGGCUCUAGACGUGCAGCCGCAAAUCCUCCUCGUCUGAGUGCUGAAGCCAAACAACUAGCACAUUCUCGCAGUACCUCCCAACGCAAAGUCUGGGCCACAUGCAGUGCAGCUGUCUUUCUGUUAUCAGAGACCACAGCAUACUUCGAAGGCGAGCUAAUCACAAGCUCUUGGGAUACCUUCUAUUCAUGGGCUACAUCACAGCAUCACGAUCCCGAAACGCUAGGACGAGCUCAUCGCUCAUUCCUUGCUGCGCUAUCAUAUGUCAUCCUACUCACGGAUGCAGCAUACACACGCGCUCUUCGCGACCUGCUCACCCACAUUGACGCCCUAGUUGCUCUAUUUGGCCAAUUACAACGACUGCAACAAUCAUCCAGCCUCGGCGUCGGUGGAACAGAUUUUCUCGACGACGAAGAAGCAGAAGUAGCACGCGAGUUGGACCGUUCCCGCAAGCGUGUAGACACGGCACUCAAAGACGUGGUUGCAAGGCUACGUCAACUGGACCACGAGCGUCUGGGUGCAGCUAGAUACCUCCAACUUGAUACUCAAGAAUCAGGCUUCGAGGUGUGGCGUGGCGGUGGUGUGGAUAGACUGCUGAUGAAAUUGGACUUUGGCAGGAUGGCUGGCGGGGAGGAGUAUAUCGUUUAG